AUGUCGCAAGCCCCGCAGCCGCCGACCGAGCCGACAGAGAACGCCGUGCCCGUACCGCCCCGAAACUACUCUCAAGCCCCGCUGUACCUCGCCGCACCCCCGGCAUACGCGCCAAACUCGUCGGUCCCGACCUUCCUCCGCACCCUCGCCGCCCUCGUCUUCAUCGGCGGCUCCAUCAGUGCAGCGGUCGCCUGGGUCUACAAGACCAUCAUCUUCCCUCGUCUCGUCGUCGCCCUCAAGGCCCGCUCUCGCCUCUUCUCGAUCCACGAUGCCGCCUACACCAAGCUCUUUGAUGUGCUCAAGGCGUUCACGACCUCGACGGGCAUCGCGCGGCUGGGAGGAGCCGACGCGCUCGAGUUCAGGCGCAAGCUGAAGGAGGAGCCGGAGGAGGAGACUGUGGCUGCGGGCGAGCCGGCGGGCCAGGCGCAGGACGCGGAGAAGGAGCCGUUGCUCGACAAGGGCGAGGCUGCGGCGGCAGAAGGCGACACGGCGGCAGCAGCACCCGAGCCGACCUUGCCCCCACCUCCUCGCAUCCUCGCGCCCCUCACCACCUCCCUCGCUUCGCUCUACGCCGAGCUUCAAGCCGCCGCCACACCCUCCGUCCCUUCGACCACUUCGCCUCACGCAGGCGGCCUCACCAACCCGUCCAACCUCGUCCAGCCGCAGGGCAUGCUCAUGCGGUCGCUCGUCACGCUCAACGAGUACCUCGAGUCCGAGACGUACUCGGCGCAGACGUUCCACACGUACCGUCCCUACGGCGCGUACGGCGCGCCGGGCAGCUCGACGGCGACGGGCGAGAGGAAGGCGCUCCAGGAGGUGACGCACAACUUCAAGGCCGACAUCCGCUCGCUCAAGGGUGCGCUUCUGAACCGGCGCAACUUUGUCCGCUCCGAGGUGUCGACCGCCGCCUGACCGUCGACUUGUCUAGUGUCUCUGUCCAGCUGUUGUACUGCAUUUCAGACAUCAUCAUGUC